AACAAGAAUAAAUAAUUAGAUAGGCAGGCAGCAAUGAAUACGAAUUAAGAUAGAGAGGUGGGUUCUUGGUAAAUGGGAGAGAAGAAAGAACAGAAGAAACUGACCAAACUAUGUCCUCCUCUGUGCCUGUGGACCAUUUCCCAUUUUACAUUCCAUCAAACCAAACAACAAAAGUUACAGUUUUGGCCCACUGAGAACCAUAGUCCUUUCCUUUCAUUGAUUGAUCUUGUUACCUUUGCAUAACAGAGAUCCCAUUCCUAUCUCUCUAUGCUUCUUUCCUCUUCCAUAUUCACCAUGAGUCUUCUUGUUCUUCAUAUCUGUCUCCUUUCUUCUGUGUUACUCAUGUUGCUGCCUGCAUCAUCAUCGUCUGAGUUCCGGAGGUCGAAAGCCGAGUACUACCGCAGCCCGGAUUGCUUGGGCACAUCAACUGGAGCUUGUGGUUAUGGCAUACAUGGAAGCACCAUCAACAAUGCACUGGUGGCUGGAGUUUCCGGGCUGUGGAAUAACGGGAUCGGCUGUGGAGCGUGCUACCAGGUGAGAUGCAAGGCUGACAACCUAUGCAAAGAGGAAGGGAUAACCGUGGUGGUGACCGACAAUGCCUCAGGAGGGGACACUGAUUUCAUUCUCAGCGCACAUGCCUUCGGAAGCAUGGCUCAUCCGGGGAAGACUGCCGAGCUAUUCUGGAAAGGGGUGGUGGACGUUGAGUACCGACGUACAACGUGCCAGUUCCCAGGCUACAACCUCAUAUUCAAGGUUGUGGAGCAGAGCAACUUCCCUCACUACUUAGCCAUAGCCCCUAUGUUCCACGGUGGGGAAAAAGAUAUCUUUGGUCUGGAAAUUUGCCCGGAGGGUGGUGAGGAAUGGAAAAGUAUGAACAAGGCGUGGGGUGGAGUUUGGGACUUGCCUAAUCCGCCAUCGGGUGCUCUAAAAGUAAAGGUCAAAGUUGGGACUAGCAAUGGGGAACAGAAAUGGGUAGAAGCAAAUAAGGCCUUACCGAGUUCGUGGAAGCCUGGUGCUGGUUAUGAUUCCCACGUCAAGCUUGCUUGA